AUGGCUGAUGCAACGUUGCUGCAGGAGGAGCGUAUUGCCGCGCAGAGGGCACGCAUUCAAAGCAAACUGCAAGGGCACGCCGGUCAAAAUGAGUCCACCGUUGGAUCGUCGAGCGGCGCAUCCUCCCGCCCUGCUGUCGAGCAGAAAGUGUUAGACACUCGCCACGAAAUGUCGGGUGUGCACCACGCGAACGUUGCCGCCGUCACCAACGUUAGUGCUGCCGCCGAGGCGGCAGAGUCGCAGCGCCGUCAGCGUGUGCAGGAUGUGCAGCAGCGACUCGGACAAUUGCAGGAACGCAGCGAGGCCGACGCGCAACAGGGUGCGCUGAACUUACAUUUCGAGGCGCUCUACCGUCUUGCCGUCCCUCACGAGCUCCACGCAGCCCUCGAGGAGCAGCGCAAGGAGUGCGAGGCGUUCAUUGGCGUGAAGGAGAAACUCAUCUCGGAGCUGCGUGAGCAACUGCACCAGCGAGAAGAGGAGUACGUUGGUCUGCUCAAGAAGAACAAAGACGAGGUUGGCCGGCUUGUCGACACGAUGCGCACUAGCACGGAUGACUACCUGCAGCAGUAUAGAGCCAAGAUUCAGGACAUUGAGAAGACGUACGAGUUAGAGCGCAAGGCAUACUUAGACCAGUGCGCCGAGGAAGUGAAAGAGCUUGUCAGGACGAGGCGUGCAAGGGAGAUCGACUACCGCAAGCAACGUGAGCAGAAGCUGUCAGAUGCCCAGCAGGAGCUCGACGAGCGAUACGAGUCCGGCUAUGAGGACUUCAACAACGUGAAGCGCGAACAUCUGUCAGACGUGCACGCGUUGCGCGAGGAGCUCGAGAAAUCGAAGGCCGACUAUCUUCUCAACGGCGAACGUCUCACGUACAACUUGCAGGUGCUGCGGGAGCGCGUGAAGGAGAACCGUAGUGCACAGGCGAAGUACAAGAAAAAGAUCGUGCGGCUGCAGGAGACGCUCGCGACGCUGCUCGCACGCCAUCAGGACAUGGAGAAGCGGUUUCAGCGCACCAACAACGAGCUUACAAAGCAGCUGCACCGCUUGAACCAGCAGUACACCGACACCCAAGUCAAGUUCGCCAAAUUUGAGAGCAAGGAUAAGAUGAAGUACCGGCAGCUGUGGAAGCUUCACCACGACAAGUGCCAAAUCCUUGCGCAAGAGUGCUUACAGGCGGAUCGCGUUGUGUUUGAGGAGCUCCUGCAGAUGCCAUGGCAGCCGCCGGCAUUGCGCUACUGGCCUCGCGAGGAUAUGGGGGUCGAAGCGCAGAAGGACGAGCUGGACGAGCGGCCUGAAGAACCGCCGGAUGUCAAGUUGUCAGAGGCAGCGCAGAUGCUGUUCAGCAUUCUCAAGUCGCAGGCGCGGUUCUUAGUGGACAGCAACGUGCACGAUGCAAUCCAGUCUCUGCAAGGCACGACGCAGGAACAGGCAGACGUGGAGGGCAUUCUCACAACGUUGAGGCUCAACCGCACAAGCGACGUGGAGGACAUGCUGGAGUACUUUGUAGUGGAAAACGAGGACGAGACGGUCGCUCUCGUCAACCCACAAGAAGCACUCAAGGCUCUGCAGGCCUACCUUACUCACCGCGCUGCGGAGGAGGCGAAGGCAAUGGCGACGAAGGGUGCCGAGGUGAAGAGCGCAGCGGCCAGCGAGACGCGGACAGCCGAAAAAAGGCGUGCGGCAGAGAGGGAGUACUGGCGUAACAUGGCCGAAACGGUCCCGAAGGAUCACCUGCAGGUCUGGGAGACAUUGGAGGAUGGCCUCAGUCAGUACCUCGCGCAGCUCCAGCACCGAAAACAACUCAUCAGCGAUACCGACACGAUCCGUGCACAGAAUAAGGAGCUCAAAGGUCUGAUUCGCCAGUACAUGGACAGCUCCAUCAACUACGAGCUCUACACCCCACCUCGGCUUGUCACACAGGUCAUGUCCUAUCCCUCAGCGCAUCCCUAA